UUGACGUCGGCUAAGACAUUCCCAAUUCAUGUUUACAAAGUAGGCAAAGGUUGUGACACUUGCUUGCGUGUGUGGGAUGCACGGAGCAUUUUUUUUCUUGGCAAAGGAAGGAAGCUCCCAAAGCAGGAAAAGCUAAACUCAAGCUGUGCUUUAUUUAUCGUCGGUUAUUUUUAUGUUACGGCAGUCAAGCUACCAUGGCUGUAAGAUGAACCGCUCAUCUUGUGUUGCUUUAUUGUUUACGGAUAUGUGACUGCUCCUGGAAGGUUUUUGGCUCGUAUGCUAUUGCCCCUCAUGUAGGCAACUCAUCAUAAUCUUUCAGUACAUGGUUCAUUUUUCCCGUGCCAAUUACGCUCGAGUUCGAGGGUUCUCCGAGAUCACUGGCAAUUGAACAAAGGGAAGCAACAUAUCGCCCCGGAGCCAUGGAGGAGGCUAUUGAGAUGGAGAAGGAGCCCUUCCCGGUGGAGAGAGAAGAGGCACGGGUGGUGAAGAAAGGCAGAGGUGGAGGUGGUGGCGGAGGAGACGACGAGGUGGAUGGUCUGGGCUGCUGCGGAAAGUUCCAUACGUCUGUGUCCAGAUGGUUGCUUCCCGAAGACCUGCGCAGCACCUACAUGGAGAGAGCCAACUGCUGCCCGCCACCCAUAUUCAUCAUCUGCAUCAGUAUUGCAGAGUUGGCCAUGUUCAUCUACUAUGCUGUGUGGAAGCCCCAGAAGCAGUGGGUAACCCUGGGAGACGGCAUCUGGAACAGCCCCCUCACCUACCGGCCAGACAAACGGGAACAGGCAUGGAGGUUUAUAUCCUACAUGUUCGUCCACGCAGGGGUGCAGCAUAUCCUGGGUAACCUGGUCAUGCAGCUGCUGCUGGGCAUUCCCCUGGAGCUGGUCCACAAGGGCUUUGAGGUCGGCAUGGUCUACCUGUGCGGAGUGCUUGCAGGCUCCCUGGCCAGCUCCAUAUUUGAUCCCAGUAGUGCUCUAGUCGGGGCGUCAGGAGGCGUCUACGCACUUUUAGGAGGAUACUUCAUGAACGCAGUAGUGAACUACAGGGAGAUGAUCCCUCUGCUAGGGAUAUUCCGAAUAGUGGUCAUCCUGGCUAUCGUGGGCACAGACGUGGGCUUUGCACUCUACAGAAGAUUUCUAAGUGAUGAAGUUGGAAUGAAGGUGUCUUUCGUCGCUCACAUCGCUGGUGGCGUGGCUGGCAUGACCAUCGGCUACGUCUUCUUUAGCGACUACAACAAGAAGCUCCUGAAGGACCCACGUUUCUGGCUAUGCAUCGUGGGAUACAUAAUCUUCCUGGCCUUCGCCAUCCUCUUCAACAUCUUCCUGUCCCCAGCAUAAGAGGACACACACGCUUGAUCUGAUAGGUUUUUUUGUUUUGUUAUUUUUGGGGGGGUCAGGGGGUUGGUUGUGUUUUAAAGUUUUCACUGUUAAUGUUUACACAAUGUUUUUAAACAUUUUAUAUUUUAUUUAGAUUUUUUAAAACUAUUCAGAACUGUUUAGGUUUUGAAAAUGAUGUUUGGAAUUUCAAAGAUUUGACCAUAUUACUAGGCCUGAAUAUGCUAUGUUGUGAAACACUACUUAAGGGAAGUCAAGCCAGAUGUAAAUGAUGUAGAUGUAAAAAAAAAAAAUCAGUUAAUGGUGUUUAUAUAUAAUAUCUUAUUUAGGUAAAUUAAAUGUGGUUUUAUAUGAAAUUAUGAAGCUCAAAUUGGGCAUGAAAGGUGAGAGAAACACUGCUCCUUAUACUACCUGUGCCUGGCCAAAAGAGGCCAACUGUAGUUACAGCAUGACCAUUACCAUUCAACUGCCUGCAGAGUGCCUUAGCAAAUCUGGUAGUUUUAAUAGUGGUGGUGUGGUUUUAUCGAAGACCAUCAGACUUUGUUACCACGUUUCAAUAUGGUAACCAAGAUAAACCAUACCACGUGUCACCAAUGCAACAAAGUGGGCUCCAGUCCAAUCUCCUAAAUGAUUGUUGACCUCCAUUCAUUCUCCUAGUGUCUUAAAGGGGCAUGGCUGUCAUAGAAUUGCAGCUUAAAACCUUACAUCACAUGGAUUUUGGAAGAAACUCCCUACGCACCACAUCUACCUUGUCAGUUGUCUCUGAUUUUAUGUAUUUUCUGAAUUUGUGAAGAAGAACCAAGACAAAGGAGUUGUCUUUAAGUCCAUUUUCAGUGUACUGUAUGCUGGGAUUGACUGAUUAUGGCUGUUAUUGCAUUUUGGCUAUGUAGGGCAUGGCUGUUUUGUUCAUUAUACAGUAAAUAUCAAACACAGAUAUGACCGUUAUAGUAUUUCAUGCUGCACAUUGAUGCUGUAUACCUGAUACCAAGACCAAGUUUGAAAAAGA